UAUCGUUAUCGUUUUCGAUCAUUUAUUACAAAUAAAAUCAAUAACACUACCAGCAAAUCUGUAUAUCAUCAUUUAUCGAGCAAUGCCAAUGUUUUAUUUCCAUUAUUAUUUUUAACAACAAUUUUCAGUUUAUUUAUACCGAUAGCCAAAUGUGAAGAAGAAUGUUUACGAUCCAAAGUCUGGUGUUAUGAAUGUGAAUCAAUCAAUGAUCCAUAUUGUAGUGAUCCAUUUAAUGUUAGUUUCGAUAUGAGCCUAAUGCGAAUGUGUGAAGGUUGUUGUGUUAAAAUUGUUGUGGAAAAAAAUACACCACAAAAAAAUAUAUGGCGAACAUGUACAUCACGAUUACAGAUCAAUCUAUUUAUGGUCGAUCAUGUUUGUAUGGAAGAAUCUGGUGGACAAGGUCAUAUGUGUUUUUGUGAAAGUGAUGGCUGUAAUAGUUCACCAUCAUCGCCAAUCAAUUAUUAUUAUUUUCAUUAUCAUUAUAAUUUUGGCCAUCCAAAUAAUCAACGAAUAAUAAUAUCGAUCAUAUCAACAAUAAUUAUUUUAUUUAUUUUAAAUGAAUUGAUUACAUCCAUUUUAUUUACAUCAUCCGUAUCCGUAUCAUUAUCAUUCUUAUUGGCCAUCAAUUGGCUGCCAUCAUCAUCAUCAAUGUCAUUAUGGACGACAAAAUUCCCCUUGAAAUUCCUUCAUCUAUCACUAUUUAUAAUAAUGAUGAUAUUGUUGAUGAUAAUUCCGUUAAUAUUUUAUCGUUCAUAAUAUACUCUUACUAAACUUUUGGAUGAUUCAAAUUAUACUAAUUUCAAUGUUACAACAAAAAACAAACAAACAAUAUUCUUCAUCUUUUUGUCAACCAUUAUCAAUUUAUAUCCAUCUUUUUUUCGACAAAAAAAAAAUGUGAUAAACUUUCGAUCCAAAACUUUCUUCUUCUUCUUUUCCUAUUUUCAUCUAUUGAUCCCAAUCACAGUCAUUAUAGAAUUUAUAUUCAAAACAAAGAAAAUAGGAAACCGCCAAAUAUGUAAUUUUAUCUUUUUGUUUG